AUGUUGCCUUUCACCUCGACUCCUCCAAGCUCCGAGCGUUCUCGAUGGAAGCAAUUUCUACAUUCCCGAUAUGAAACCACUCAAAAGGAACUUCAACCAUUGAAAUCUUCCUGGUCUAGCUUGCCGGAUAACGCAAAACUCGGCAUCGCAAUCGUCGGGUCCUCUUUGUUGACGGUCGCUGGAGUGUGGGUAUAUAAACGUCACAUGAAGCGAAUCCCAAACUCGCAGUUUGUCACAGCGGAGGACUUUAAUAGGCGGAGAUGGAUCACGGGUAUCGUGACGAGCGUUGGUGAUGCGGACAACUUUAGGCUGUUCCAUACUCCUAGUAUUGGAUGGCGAUGGCCCCUCAAGUUUCGUUCGAUUCCAUCGGGAAAAGACCUAAAGGACCAAACGCUGCAUAUUCGGAUGGCUGGAGUGGAUGCACCAGAAGCGGCACAUUUCGGGAAAGACGCGCAACCAUACUCCGCCGAAGCACUCCAAUGGCUCAAGAGUACCGUCGAGGGCAAACGCGUCUGGUGCCAACUCAUUCUCCGGGAUCAAUAUGGGCGCACUGUGGCCAUACCAAUGAUACGCUCCUGGAUUCCUUUCCGCAAGAAAUGCGUCUCGCUCGAGAUGCUCAAAGCCGGAUGGGCCUGCGUCUACGAGCAAUCCAACGCGGUUUACGGCAAGUGGGGAAAGGAACAUUUUCUAUCUGUGCAAACGGCCGCUCAGAAAGCGAAAAGGGGAAUGUGGGAGAAGGGUGUCACAGGAGAAACGCCAGCAGAGUAUAAAAAACGAUACGCUAAGGCGGCCUCAACGGUCAACCCAACGACGUCUUGA